GCAUGUUCUGGCAUCACCGUAUUCUUGUGAAGAAGAUCACAGCGGGGGUGUGGAUAGCGAUCGCCCCCGACCUGGAGCUCGUGCGUCACAACCUCUUGGAGCAGCGCCACCUGGUCCUGGACCGCAAUUCGAUGUUCCUUGCGAAUCGCCGAGGCGAGGUUUACGGCUUCGAUCCUGUGCCUCGAGCUGAGAUUCUGGCUCUGAAGAGGCAAGCCGCAGUUCAGGCGGCAAUUUUGGGCGACGGCGACCAUGACGUCGAGAUGGAGAAUUUCGUUUGGGUCGUCGCGGAGGUAGGUCACUCUCGGUUUGCCCAGCCCCUGGUCGAUGCAGAGUUAGACCAGGCUACUUUGGGCCAGUCCAAGGGCGUGGCGCUGGUGAGCGGCCUUGAGGUGUUUGUGGAGAAGGUUCAGAGCAACCAGCUACAGGAGUGGAUGGCUUCGCGCAGCUCGGAGGGAGGAGACCUCCGCGCCUUGGGUGACCAUCGGGACUCCGCAGGCCGCCGUCAUCUUCCGCUUUCGGACGCUGUAUCCCUGAUGCGCGAGACGAGCUUCGACGAUUGGGCCAUGCCUGGGCCGCGAGUUGCUAAGGAGUGGCUCGUUUCAGUUCGGGAUGGCCCUGGAGAUCUUUCUUCUUAUCACGGACAGUGGGUUCGCCGUUCGGGAGUCAGCGAGUCCUCGGCGGUGGCCCACAUUCAUUAUGUGCUGUGCGAGUCGGUUCGGUUGGCCAUUCAGACAGACCAGCUCGAUGUGACAAACUUGUUGAGCUCCGAACUCAUCGUGCGCAGGAUCUGCCAGGAAUGGAUCUUGGACAGCAUCACGGAGCGCGUUGCCGCUGUGGGCCCCCCCCCGCCUGGCCUGACGGCCGAGGGGGCCGCUCGCGAGUUGCUGGCUUCUAAGGACCUGUGCUGCCAGGAGCCGAAGAACCUCGCGCCGUUCGAUCUGACAAAGCUCAAGGUCGCAAAGGGGCGCGCCCGACCUCGCUCUGCGGCUAACUUCUUGCCGCCUUUGCCCGCGGACAUGAUCCGCAACCCUGCGCUGUGCAUCGAGAAGGAUGAGGGGGGAUGGAGUUCAUGCGCCAGCACACCGAUCCUAUUCGUCCUUACUGGGAUCCCGUGCUUCGCUCGAGUCGGACAGAGCGUUGCUGGGGCCCUGGCGGACCUCGACCUCUCCGUGGGUGGCGAGUCCGUCGACGGUGUCGGCAGUGUGAUAGGCUGGGGCCCCCGCGGGAACGAGGCCGAUGUCGAGGACUGCUUCUACAACUUCGCCAUCGAUGGCCUGGCGGAGUGGUUCGGUUUCGACGACCCGCUGCCCGCCGCCGAGAUCAGGGACACGUACGGCAUCAAUGUCGGAGCGUUCUGGGACCCCGAGCUGAGCAUGAUGGUCUCCGUGGAAGACGACAUGGUAUUGUACCCGUGCAUGCGCGCUAUGUGCAUGGGGUGGUCCUGGGCUCUGUACUUUGCGCAGGAGGCCGUAUCCGCCAUGACAGAGCGGGCGCUGCGCUCGUCGUCUCUACCGACGCCUGCCAUGGUGAAGGAGCACCAUCCCGCCCCCGACUUGAAUGAGUCCAAGGUCAUGGGCAGCGUCUACGUGGACAACAUCACUGUCUUCGGCAGGGACGCCUCUCUGGCUCGUGAGGCAAGCUCCGCCCUGCAGGCUGAAGCUGACCGAUCUGAUUUGCCUAUCGCGUGGUCCUAUCCUGAUGUGGUGACCCGCCUCGAGACCGUGGGUGUUGAGAUCGACCUCAAGAGGGGGAGGCUUCGCAACAAGGCCUCCCGAGUGUGGCGCUUUGACUUGGCCACCCGCGCUCUCCUGCGUCGUGGCAAGAUGCGAGGGGGGCACAUGGAGGUCUGGCUGGGCCACGCUGUAUCGCUGCUGAUGCUGGCCAUGCCUGGGUGCGCCGCGCUCUCAGCCACGUGCCGGUUCGCCGAGGCCGCCUGGGGUGUUCGGGCCCCUUUGCCGCGCGAGGUCAUGCACGAGAUGAGGUUGGUCGCUGGGCUGGUCUGGCUCGCUGAGGUCGACCUGGCUGCGCCCUACGUGCCGCGCGUCUAUGCCAGCGACUCCGCCGACAACGGGUACGGCCUGAUGUACAAGAGGGCCUCGGUCGAGGAGAUGCAGUCGGCCUUCCGCUGGAAGGAGAAGUGGAGCUUCCGGCAGAACCUCCGAGGCCCCCGCGUUGGUCUGACUUCGGCCGCUGAUGUCGCUGAGAUGGGCGGCUACAAGGAGGCGGACGAGGCGCAGCUGGAUCACGAGGCGGAGCUCCGUUGCCGCUCCGCCGAGCCGAACGCUGGCUCCGCCCCUGCCGCGGCCUUCGGCCAGUGGCUGCAGAGCAAGGAUCCCGACGCCGAGUGCCUCGGUCAGGUGGGCCCCCUGGCGCCGCCGCUGCCCGCCUCCUGGUUCGACUCGGAGGGCUUCGAGCUGGUGGGCCAGGGUUUCUUGGAGCUGUUCUCGGGCGAGGGUGGGCUCUCCAAGGCGUUCGAGGAGCUCGGCCUGCCAACUGACCCCUGCGUGGACAUCAAAGAUGGGGCUCACCAUGACCUCCUGGGCCCGAAGGUCCAGAACAUCAUCCUAGAGGCGCACCUGGCGGCGGGGGCCUGGAGGCCCAGCUUCGCGAUGCUGCGCGACGGCCGGCUUCGCGCGCCCGCGAGCGCCUCCGACCAGCUCGGCAGCGGCUUCAAGCGGAGCCUGACCUCGGGCUCGCUGGCGCCGCCGACUCAGGUCGCUGGCCGCCGCUCCCGCGUCUCUAGUUUCGUGGAGGCAAUCGAGGGCCGCAACCUGAGCUUCGGGCCGAAGUCCGUUAUCGAUCAGAAAAUGUGCAAGUACUUCGAUGUUAUCAUGAGUGACGCUCGGCAUGCCGCUGAAGGGCGGUACACACUCUGGGGGUAUCUGACUUUCUUCCCGCGGUCGGACAUCGUCAAAUCCGCCCGGCUCGCGAUGGCUCGUGAGGCGAUGAAGGGCUGGGUCCGCAGGUUCCCUGGCUCCUCGCGACAUCCGUGGCCGCUCUCGGUUUUCUACUUGUUCAUGAGUGUCUUUCUGAAGGACAAUCACACCGAGGCUGCCGUCGCCCUGGCCAUCCAACUCGAUGCCUACCUGAGACCUUCAGAGAUAUGCGAACUGCGGUGGUGCUCCGUGGUCCAGCCUUCGAAGCUCUCAUCAUCAUUGUCAAGAAACAAGUGGGCUGUUGUCAUUGGUAACUCAGACCUCGGUGAGACCACGAAGACUGGCGAGAGUGAUGACACUGUGGUUCUCGAUUCUAUCGGCCGCGAGUGGGUAGGUUCCGUGCUUGAGAUGUGGGCUAGGCGCCGUAAGUCUGACGCCUGUUCUGAUCAGCUAGUCUUCCCGCACCUGUCUCUAGCCAAGUAUGAAGCACUUUUUAGGAAAUACAGUCGCUCUGUUCUCGGCAAGGUAGGGCACCUCACUCCCCACGUGGCCCGUCAUUCAGCGCCUAGUCACGACGUGCUGGUGCGCGCUUGCAGUCUAGCAGUUGUUCAGAAGCGCGGGCGCUGGGCCCGCGCCAAGUCCGUGAAACGAUACGAGAAGAGCGGCCGCCUUCUUCUCCAG